CAUUUUCAACCAGCACCGCUUUCUCUUCUGCGCUUUGCUUUCUUCUUUGCUCUGCCCGCCAUGUCCCACUCACAUUUACCCCCUAGGCCGGAGUUUGACAACCCAACAUCGUCUAGGUACCCUCCAGACUCUCGCUACAAUCGCUCAAUGGCGCCUCCUCCAGACCGUUACAGGGAUCCUCGCGACCCGUACCCUCCCAGGUCACCCCCACGCGACCGCGAUGUCUACAUUCCUAGGUCUCCUCCUGCUCGUUCUGUCUCAAGAUCAUCUGUUCCAUACUCCAGAGAUCCGCCUCGCGAUCCAUACCCACCUAGAGAUCUGCAUCCUCCACCCAGGGACAUACACCCUUCACCCAGAGACGCGUAUCCUCCUCCCCGCGAUCCCCCACCUCGAGACUUGCCACCUAGGGACUUGCCGCCGCGAGACCCUUACUACGACAGGAGAGAAUCUGAUAGGUACUACAGAGACUGGGAGAGAAGGGAUCCACCCGAAUAUAGGUCUCGUCCACCACCUCCCAGAGACUACGGCCGAGAACCUGCUGAUUGGAGAGACCGUGACGUUGAUCGUGGCCGACGCUGGGAGGAGGAAAGGCGUCGUGCUUACGAUUGGGACCGCAGAGAACGUAGCCCUAUCAGAGAUCGCGGGUAUGCUCGCCCGCGAGAUGACGACCGACCCAUUCCAAGAGAACGACCUCGCGAAUUUGAACCGGAACGGAGAUGGGUUCCGCGGGCAUCCAAGUCUCCCCCUCGUCGUAUAGCGUCUGGUUCUGUGAGCAGAGGGCGUUCACCAACACCACCUCGCUUUCGAGAAUCACCUACCCGACCAGGUUAUGCUCCACCACGCUCACCACCACCUCGUGCAUCGCCUAGGGCCUCGCCAAGAUAUCCCUCACCUGGCGUUUUGAAACUGGGAAACCAUUCAAUAGAGGUCACUUCUCGUUACGCACCUUCUCGAAGAGACCGAGGCUAUCCACGAAGCCGCAGCCGCAGCCCUAAUCGGUUUUUCAGCCGGAGCCGGAGUCGCAGCCCGCUGAAGAGAUCUACUCCUGGUACUCAGUCGACCACUGAUCGAUCUCGACCCGACGAACCGAAACGAGAAGAGAAGCUCCACAGACUUCCUGUGCCAACUAUCGACCGAGUCUUGAACAAUAGUCAAUUCAUUGAACCAACGGGAGGAGAGAAACUUCAAAAGCCUCCUUUGCCAGAUCUUGGCGACCUUAGAGACAGGGACAGUCAUCCAUCCGCCACUGUGGAUGCUGCUUCUAUGAAAACACCCAUACAGUCUGAAAGUGGACAGUCGCCGGACGCUAAGCCUGUACCUGUGAUCUCAUACCCACCGCGAAGUCCUACUUCUUCACAGUCUCAAAAGUCACCCACUAGUUCCUCGCAUCCUAGACGCCGAUCUCGGUCGCCCCCUACGCAGCCUCGUCACUAUGUAAAGACGCCCACUACGCCUUCCACCCCUCAACUAUCAUCUCCUGGUCAGAAUCUUCCCGUGAAGCCGGAAUGGUCGAGAAAAGCUAGUCCACUCUCCACGUCAACACCGAUAGCUGAGGCUGCUCCUACUCUGUCUGGCCGUGCGAUAGCAUUACCGCCUUACCAUUCUCCAAGAAGUGUAUCUCAUGAUGUAGAGGCCGAGAUUUCGCGAAUGGAAGGACACCGUGGACGUCUGACCACAGAGUAUGCUGCUAUCUCUAAUGGCAAGCAGAGAGCAUUGCACGAGCUCGACUUAGCUUCUCGUGAUCUGAAACUGGCUGAACAGCGCCGAGCUGUUGCUGAUUCCCAACUGGAGAAGGCCCGCGCGGGUGCGCUUGGCAUCGACUACUCUGCUGAAUCCAAUAACACCUAGGACUGACCUGUAUUUCGUUUUCAUCUCAUCUAUCUCGUACUGACUAUAGGGUUGACAUGUGGUUGUGGAUUGACGAUAUUGUCCGUUAUGCUGAAGAAUAAUGCUAUAAAUACAGUUGUGGAUGCACGUCAUUUUGGUAUACGAGUACAUUCCAUGUACGUUCGUGUAGGAUCUAUGGGCAGCGCACAAUAGAAUCCUUGGGUCUGGAACGGCAACGUUGGGGGAUUGGAACAAGCAAUAACAGAAGGAAUAUGACGCACUUGCAUUGCUUGAAACAUCUGGGUGGAAUACAUGUGAAGCUAAAGCGAUGGAGAAGGUAUAGUACAAGUUAACAUCCUGCGACCGGUCGUGUAUGAUGUAACUCACCUUUAUGCACUUCCUACUGAGUUUCUUCCCUUCUCGACAAAUCUCAGUCAGGUCCCCGCCACGUUGAACGCUGUCGAACGUGUACUUUGAGUCAGGAUCCUCCUACCCAUAUAUUUAAUAUCAGC